AUGGCGGACGUGAACGGGUUCGCGGAGGCUUCACAAAUGCUCAACAAUGCCUUAAACGAGUUGGACGAGUUGCUUCAAAAUCGCGCCACGAGUCCGCUGCAGCUUCGGCGACGCUCGAAAGCGCAUUCGGACUUGGGACUGAGCCGGGACUCCCCAGCAACACCGACAAAUCAAACUCCAAGAGACUCGAACGCGAAUUCCCUCAACAACAACCCUCCAAACGCCACGAAUCGUCUAUCUGGCGCGCACAGCACCAAUCAAAGCCAUCACGUUGUCGGCGGAAGCCAAACUGGCAGCGACGCCACGAUAUCAAAGAUGGACCCCGAAGUGGCGAGAAUAAACGCUCAUCACAAUCGGAGCCCCCAGCAAAAGGAAUGGAACGGAAAUUCUUGGGCCGAUGAUGCUAGAGGCUCGGGAGCGAGUUCUGGAGUUGAGAGUCCACCCUCUGACAUGCCUGCCUCGUCUAUGGACUCGAAUCUCUCAAAUAUCUAUGAUCGUUUUAUCAAAGCAAUCGAGCGCCACGAGAUUCACGAUCAACCCGAUUUGAGGACAAAGCUGCGAAUCAUGCGAUGGAUGAAUGGACAUCAAGAGGUUGGAAAUGAGAUCAAAUUGGGUUUUGCGGAUGUGGACGGGUCGAUCUGGAUGUCACACAAGAGAAUGCAUGCUUUAGUUGCACGUUUUGCUAACAUUUGUAUCUGGUCAGUUAUAGCAUGGAUCAACUACCGUACACCC